UACUUUCACCCCCUUUGUGGUGACUCUCCGGCUCACACACACUUUGCCAGACUUCCAGGAGUUGGAGGCACUGAUCGAAGAGGGAACACCGACAACGUAAGGGGGAAGAAAAGAAAGAAUAAACAUAUUCCCUGCCCCGCAUGGAUUUGCUUUCUUCUCUGGAGGGAUUUCAAGGAGGUGCAAUGAUUUGUGUCGCUGGGAAUUCUGGAGACUUGUACCGGAGAGAAAGGGCACACGUACUCUACGCUGCAAAGUUGUAAAAGUAGUUUCCCUUGAAGUUCCCCCCCUCAAAACCACCCGUUCUGACUCCGUGCUUCUCCAGUUUGUAAACCCCCUCAACCAUCAUGGCGAGGCGGUCAGCGGAGAAACCUCUGUUUUUGAGACCGAACGCGCGCGCUGCUUUUCGGGAUAAACACAUUGGCUCGCGCGGAGGCUUCAUGGCUUUUUCGCGGAGCUUCGUGUUAAUCUGCUUGGCUCUUUCUAGUGGAUAUUGCGGAGCCGAGACGGAGUUUUCCAUCCUGGAAGAAGCGCAAGUCUUGGCCGAACAGAUGAAAAAGCUGUCCUCUCAGGAGCUGGGAGUCUUCACUAUGCAGAGGAUUUUCAGCUCGUUCGUUUACACCGAGAAGACAUCAAACGGAGAGACAGAAGUCCAGCAGCUGGCCAAGAAGAUUCGGGAGAAGUUUAACAGAUACCUGGAUGUGGUGAACAGGAACAAGCAGGUGGUGGAAGCCUCGUACACCGCCCACCUCACCUCUCCGCUUACUGCCAUACAGGACUGCUGCGCCAUACCAGCAUCAAUGAUGGAGUUUGAUGGAAACUUCAAUAUCAAUGUCUCCAAGACCAUCUGCUGUGACAGACUUUCCCCCACCGUCAACAACCGAGCUUUCAACCCCGGACGGGACCUCAACUCAGUGUUGGCAGACAACCUGAAGUCCAACCCGGGUAUAAAGUGGCAGUACUUCAGCUCGGAGGAGGGCAUUUUCACAGUCUUCCCCGCCCACAAGUUCCACUGUAAAGGAAACUACGAGCACCGCAGCAGGCCUGUGUACGUUUCUGCAGUGCGUCCACAGUCUAAACACAUUGUGGUUAUGAUCGACCACGGAGCCUCCAUAACUGACACCCAGCUUCAGAUCGCCAAGGACUCAGCGCUUGUUAUCCUGAAUGCCAUAGAUGAGCAUGACAAGAUCUCCAUACUUUCGGUGGCAGAGACCGUUCGCUCCUGCUCUCUAGACCAGUGUUACAAAAGUCUGCUGUCUCCAGCCACCAGCGAGACGAAAAGGAAGAUGAGCACCUUUGUGUCAAACGUCAAGGCGUCUGAUGGAGCCACGCAGCAUGCAGCUGGCUUCGAGAAGGCCUUCCAGCUGCUUCGAAACACCACCAGUCACAACAAACAGAGCACCACAGACAUGGUGAUCAUUUACUUGUCGUCUGGCGUCACGUCUCGAGAAUCAUCGGAGCUGGUGAAGAGAGCCACGCUCAGUGUGGUCCGGCAGGAGAACCGGCACCUCAACAACUCUGUCAUGAUCCUCACGUAUGCUCUCAUGAAUGAGGGAAUUACAGGCCUGAAGGAGCUGGCCUUCCUGAGGGACCUCUCCGAGCAGAACUCAUUGAAGUACGGCGUUGACCGAACAUCUGACCGAGACCGCUCGUCUGGGUCAGCAGGAGCUUCAGUAAUGCCGGUGGUGAAGGGCAGCAUGAUGGUGCUGAACCAACUGAGCAACCUGGAAACGACAGUGGGGCGUUUUUACAUCAAUCUGCCCAAUCGCAUGAUUGACCUGGCUCGCUUCAGCCUACCCUACACCGACCCGAUGGGAGAUGGAUUUAUUAUGACUGUGAGCCGGCCAUGUUAUUUUGGUAACCAGCUCCUGGGAGUGGUUGGGGUGGAUGUGAACUUGGCGUACAUCUUGGAGGAUGUUACAUACUAUCAAGACUCGCUCGCGUCAUACACCUUCCUUAUUGACAACAAAGGCUACACCCUCAUGCACCCCUCUCUGACACGGCCCUACCUGAUGACAGAGCCUCCUCUGCACACAGAUAUUAUCCAUUAUGAGAACAUCCCAGGGUUCCCUGCCGUCCGGCAGAACAUCCUCAGUCUCCCUUUGGGCAGUCAGAUCAUUGAAGUGCCCCUUAACUCCUCUCUGUCCUGGCACACCAACCGUCUCAGGGACAACAGCAAGGAUGCGUACAAUGUCAGCUAUGCCUGGAAACUGGUUCAGGACACGUCGUUCAUCCUGUGCAUUGUGUACAUUCAGCCCGAGAUUCCAGUGAAGCAGCUGAAAAACCUGAACACAGCUCCCAGCUCCAAGCUGCUCUAUCAUCGUUUGGACCUGUUGGGUCAGCCCAGCUCCUGUCUGCACUUUAAACAGCUUGCCACCGUUGAGUCCCCAACUGUGAUGUUGGCAGCUGGUAGUUUUUCUUCACCCUAUGAGCAUCUCAGUCAGCCAGAAACAAAGCGUAUGGUGGAGCACUACACUGCCUACCUGAGUGAUAACACCAGGCUCAUAGCCAACCCAGGCCUCAAGUCCUCUGUCAGGAACGAGGUUAUGGCAACUAGUCAUGUUACGGAUGAGUGGAUGACACUAAUGGAAAUGAGUAGCCUCAACUGCUACAUUGUGCGCCGUUACAUAGCAACGCCCAGUGGGGUGCUCCGGAUUUACCCAGGAUCUCUGAUGGACAAAGCCUUCGACCCAACCCGCAGACAAUGGUACCAGCAUGCUGUGGCUAACCCUGGCCUCAUCACCUUCACGGGGCCGUACCUGGAUGUGGGCGGGGCCGGAUACGUUGUCACAAUCAGCCACACCAUCCAUGCCUCCAGCUCUCAAAUGGCACCUGGCUACGCUGUUGCAGUGAUGGGUAUAGACUUCACCCUUCGCUACUUCUACAAGGUCCUCCUGGACCUGGUGCCCAUCUGCAACCAGGACAAAGGCAAUAAGAUCAGGUGCUUCAUAAUGGAGGACAGAGGGUACCUGGUUGCUCACCCGACUCUCAUUGACCCCAAAGGUCAUGCCCCAGCAGAGCAACAGCACAUCACACACAAGGAGCCACUGGUGGCCAAUGACAUCCUAAACCACCCCAACUUUGUCAAGAAAAACCUCUGCAACAGCUUCAGUGACCGCACAGUCCAGCGCUUCUACAAAUUCAACACCAGCAUUGUGGGGGACCUCACCAACCUGGUCCAUGGUAGCCAUUGUUCUAAAUACCGCCUUACCAGAAUCCCCGGCACCAACGCCUUUGCCGGCAUUGUGAACGAGACGUGCGACUCCUUGGCGUUCUGUGCCUGCAGCACGGUAGACCGGCUGUGUCUCAACUGCCACAGAAUGGAGCAGAAUGAGUGCGAGUGUCCCUGUGAGUGCCCUCUGGAGGUCAACGAGUGUACAGGCAACCUCACCAAUGCUGAGAACAGGAAUCCCAGCUGCGAGGUGCAUCAAGAGCCUGUCAGUCUGAAUGUGAUUGAUCCCAGCCUGCACGACACGCUGCCCCAGUGUAUCAACACCCGCUGUAGCCAGAGAUACACCAGCAGUGACUGUUUCGGUGUGCUGGACUGCGAGUGGUGCAUGGUGGACAGUGAUGGGAAGACUCACCUCGACAAGCCUUACUGUGCCCUGCAGAAGGAGUGUUUCGGCGGCAUUGUUGGUGCCAAAAGUCCCUAUGCAGAUGGCUUGGGGCUUAUGGAUGAGGAGGUAGCCUCUUUGAACAUGAUCAAGAGCGCCCCUGUGGGUCCAGUGGCUGGGGGCAUUAUGGGAUGCAUCAUGGUGCUGGUGCUGGCUGUGUAUGCAUACAGACACCAGAUUCACAGGCGCUCGCACCAGCACAUGUCUCCGCUAGCUGCGCAGGAAAUGUCGGUGAGAAUGUCCAACCUUGAUAAUGAAAGAGAUGAGAGGGAUGAAGACAGUCACGAGGACAGAGGAAUCAUCAGCAAUACUCGAUUCAUAGCUGCAGUGAUCGAGAGACACACUCACACUCCCGAGCGGAGACGGAGGUACUGGGGGCGGUCCGGGACAGAGAGUGACCAUGGCUACAGCACCAUGAGCCCGCAGGAGGACAGCGAGAAUCCGCCUGGAAACAACGACCCGCUUUCGGCCGGCGUUGACGUUGGCAACCACGAUGACGACCUGGACCUGGACACUCCCCCGCAGACAGCGGCAUUGCUCAGCCACAAGUUCCACCCCUACCGGCACUCGCACGCGCACCACCACCCGCUGCACACGCAUACGCACCACCUGCAAGCGGCGGUGACGGUGCAUAGCGUGGACGCAGAGUGCUGAUCCUCCUGAAAGGACCGGAACUGUUCUUUUGUUUUGUUUUUGUUUUUUAUUAAACAUAAAAAAAGACAGUGGUGUGUAAGUAGAGAGCACACACAGUUGGAGGGAGACGCCACAGGUAGACUUAGUGACGCUUCAAGAUCUCAUUGUGCCAUCAUCUCAGUCUUGAGCCCUCUUUCAUUUAACCACAUUUAAAAGCGGACACGUGUAUGCGGCCGCACUUGGGCCAGUGGAUGUAACCAAGUGGGACUUCCUGUUAUUUUUCUGAAGGACUCGAGAUUAAGAGCACGUAACAGCCUUCAGACGCAUACAGAAAAGCUGCGUGAGCCCAUUUUUUGGCUUUCACUGAGGACGGGACACAACUGGAAGCUAAAAGCCUUCUUGGGGGAGGUCAAAGAUUGUUAUUAUUCUCCAGGACCAGUGGAUUUUUACAGUACAAGCACUCAUGUCGGACCCCUUUUUAAAACAGGGCUAAAUCCCGAACUCCACACAGGUUGGAACAUUUAUGGAAACUGUGGGACAUCUCUGAAGGGGAGUGAAAAUACUGCAUUUUUGAAAAGUGAACUGGAUCUAGUGAGAUUCUAAAACAGCCUCUAUUUCAACUUUACUCUCCAUGAAGAAGCUCUGGAGUUUGUUUUAUUCUUUUUUUCUUUGUUUUCUCUGAAAAGCAGCUGCCUUUAUCCAAAGCAGUGGCUGCUGGUCUGACACACAGCAGUGUGGCACGAUAUCUGGACUUUUCCAUGAAUGUUUGUGAACUUCAAAGUAGGAAGAAAAGGCUUCAAUAUUCACAGAAACGCAAGAAGAAACACUUUAAAGAGGAAAAUAUUAUUUUUCUACUAUUUAUUAAAGGUAGAUUUUCAAGAGAGGAAAGCAGCGCAAAUAUGACAGCAGUCGGGGUGCAUCAGACACACCGGCCCACUUCCUGCAACCAGUGCAUUAAUUUUUGGGACUCAUUAUUUUUCUGUUUUGUUUUUUUUUUCCUUGCUUAAAAUAUCUGUGAAUUUAUUUUUGAAUUUUAAGAAUAUCAGUACUAUAACAGGGAUUAUUCUCAUUUCUUUUUUUACCUGACCGAGGGAUUCCAGUGCAGCUCGUUUGCAUUUUCUUUUAAAUGUUCUGUUUACUUUCUUUCAGCAGGAGCAUAAUUGAAUAAUCUCCUUUGGAUCCCCAUUUCUAAGUGCACUCAGCGGUCAGUCCAUGAGGUACACUGGUCCAGGCACAACAGUCCUGCUGUAAAUUCGACUUUUAUGACACUUCAUUUCACUGUUCAUUUGAUUCUGUUUCUCCAUGCUGAGGUCAAAGGUGACAUUUCCCCCCUCAUGUACACAAGUAGGAAAACACUUCUUACUCUAGAGCCUUACCUUUUAUGAUGAAAGUAUUUUCUUUAUGAAAGCAUCACCAAUAUUUACAGCUUUUUAAAGAUCAGUGUUAAAGCAGGGCUGUUGUGUUGAAUUGCACCAUCUUGUUCUGGCGUACCUUAAAGCGGCCUCCCAGUAGGGAGAUCUGCUCCUGUUCAGACUUGCUGGAAAACAUCCUCUUUGUGAUCUCGUCAUGUUUUCGAGAGGUAGAACUUCUGUAUUCGCUGCCCUUUUUUUGAGCCUCCUGGGGACUGGGCGAGGAUGACACCAGCGCAUAAAAAAGAAACCAUAACCAAAAGAAAAACAGAAGAAUAGACAAUCCCUGGCUUUCGUCACUGCUGGGAAUUUGGUGUGUGAGGAUUAGCAGAGACCCUCACAGAGAAUGAGUGCUGUCCACUCUGUCUGCCUGAAUAAGAAAAACCAGUACAGAGUGCUUCUUGUUUUAUCACAACCUUUCACUUUUGAGGCUAAGCUAAUGCUCUGGGUGUGUGUCUGUUAGGGUUGUGCGGAUUUUUAUACAAAACGGAAUUAAAUUUCCACCCAAGAUAACCAAGAUGGAAGUCUCCUCGUCAAAGAGGGAAAAGGAGAUGCUGCUGCUGUUUUACAGAGGUUACACCCCAUCAGUUGGCUCCUCUGUGGUUAACCACUCAAAAAUGUAUUUUUUACAGAGUGAGUGUGUGUUUGUGUUGGAGA